GGGCCGCCGGCCACCCAGGCCGACAGCGCGCCCCUGUUCGAAGCGCGGCCGCCCCUCUCGCCAGCCGCCGCCCCGCCAGCUCUCACUCGCGGGCCACGGGGCGCCGGCCUCCCAGCCACCGCGGCUGGGCUGGCCCUGGUCGUCCGCCCACAGGCUCCGAACAUCGGGGCCCUGUUCCGCUACGACCAGCACAUCAGCGACUUGGGCCUACCUCCAGGUCUGACCACAGCUCCAGCGCGCUACGCCGCGGGAGCCCCAGAGGAGGGCGGGGGCAGCGACCCGUUCGGCCUCGCGCAUUCCGGAGCAACCCUGGACGCGAACACCGCGAGGAUGCUCCACGCCUUGGAAGGG